GGACAGGCGCUCGGACCCAGGCCAGGGGCAGGCCGCGCAGUCCCAGCAGUGAGUGGCCGCAGCCAGGCGGUCGGCAGAGCUCCCACUGAACCACCGGAGGAGUGAAGAGGGGCAACAGGGCUGAAACCCAAAUGGGAUCAUCCAGCUUUCUCUUAUGUUGGAACAAAAAUGACAGCCAACAUUUAUAGAGCGCUGACUCCGCACCUGACAUUGUGUCGAGUCCUUGAUAAAUACACGCUCUUCUUUAACCCUCCCAACGAACUAAUGAGGGAUGGGAGUGUAAAUGCAGUUUUGCCGAAGAGGGGACCCAGACUUGGUUCAGGCUUGCCCAAGGUUUCACGGAAGCACUGGGAUUAUGACCGUGUCUUAGCGGAGCAGCCAUAAGCCACACUGCUUCCUCUGUGCUUAGACUCUGAAAAGAAGGCAGAGAAAUACGCCAGACUGUUAAGAGUGGUUAUUUCUGAGCAGAAGAAUGUGGAUGAAUUCCAUUCUUCCUGUUUUUCUUUUCAGGUCUGUGCGGCUGCUAAAGAACGAUCCAGUCAACUUGCAGAAAUUCCCUUACACUAGUGAGGAUGAGGCCUGGAAGACGUACCUAGAAAACCCGUUGACAGCUGCCACAAAGGCCAUGAUGAGAGUCAAUGGAGAUGAUGACAGCGUUGCGGCCUUGAGCUUCCUCUACGAUUACUACAUGGGUCCCAAGGAGAAGCGGAUCUUGUCCUCCAGCACUGGGGGCAGGAAUGACCAAGGAAAGAGGUACUACCAUGGCAUGGAAUAUGAGACGGACCUCACGCCCCUUGAAAGCCCCACACACCUCAUGAAAUUCCUGACAGAGAACGUGUCUGGAACCCCGGAGUACCCAGAUUUGCUCAAGAAGAAUAACCUGAUGAGCUUGGAGGGGGCCUUGCCCACCCCUGGCAAGGCAGCUCCCCUCCCUGCAGGCCCCAGCAAGCUGGAGACCGGCUCUGUGGACAGCUACCUGUUGCCCACCAGUGAUAUAUAUGAUAAUGGCUCCCUCAACUCCUUGUUUGAGAGCAUUCAUGGGGUACCACCCACACAGCGCUGGCAGCCAGACAGCACCUUCAAAGAUGACCCACAGGAGUCAAUGCUCUUCCCGGAUAUCCUGAAAACCUCCCCGGAACCCCCAUGUCCAGAGGACUACCCCAGCCUCAAAAGUGACUUUGAAUACACCCUGGGCUCCCCCAAAGCCAUCCACAUCAAGUCAGGCGAGUCACCCAUGGCCUACCUCAACAAAGGCCAGUUCUACCCCGUCACCCUGCGGACCCCAGCAGGUGGCAAAGGCCUUGCCUUGUCCUCCAACAAAGUCAAGAGUGUGGUGAUGGUUGUCUUCGACAAUGAGAAGGUCCCAGUAGAGCAGCUGCGCUUCUGGAAGCACUGGCAUUCCCGGCAGCCCACUGCCAAGCAGCGGGUCCUCGACGUGGCUGACUGCAAAGAAAACUUCAACACUGUGGAGCACAUUGAGGAGGUGGCCUAUAAUGCGCUGUCCUUUGUGUGGAACGUGAAUGAAGAGGCCAAGGUGUUCAUCGGCAUAAACUGUCUGAGCACAGACUUUUCCUCACAAAAGGGGGUGAAGGGUGUCCCCCUGAACCUGCAGAUUGACACCUAUGACUGUGGCUCGGGCACUGAGCGCCUGGUGCACCGCGCUGUCUGCCAGAUCAAGAUCUUCUGUGACAAGGGAGCUGAGAGGAAGAUGCGCGAUGACGAGCGGAAGCAGUUCCGGAGGAAGGUCAAGUGCCCUGACUCCAGUAACAGUGGCGUCAAAGGCUGCCUGCUGUCGGGCUUCAGGGGCAAUGAGACGACGUACCUUCGGCCAGAGACUGACCUGGAGACGCCACCCGUGCUGUUCAUCCCCAACGUGCACUUCUCCAGCCUGCAGCGCUCUGGAGGGGCUGCCCCCUCGGCAGGACCCAGCAGUUCCAACAGGCUGCCUCUGAAGCGUACCUGCUCGCCCUUCGCUGAGGAGUUUGAGCCUCUGCCCUCCAAGCAGGCCAAGGAAGACGACCUUCAGAGAGUUCUGUUGUACGUGCGGAGGGAGACUGAGGAGGUGUUUGACGCCCUCAUGUUGAAGACCCCAGACCUGAAGGGGCUGAGGAAUGCGAUCUCUGAGAAGUAUGGGUUCCCUGAAGAGAACAUUUACAAAGUCUACAAGAAAUGCAAGCGAGGAAUCUUAGUCAACAUGGACAACAACAUCAUUCAGCAUUACAGCAACCACGUCGCCUUCCUGCUGGACAUGGGGGAGCUGGAUGGCAAAAUUCAGAUCAUCCUUAAGGAGCUGUAAGGCCUCUUGAGCAUCCAAACCCUCACAACCUGCAAGGGGCCAGCAGGGACGUGGCCCCAUGCCACACACAACCUCUCCACAUGCCUCAGCGCUGUUACUUGAAUGCCUUCCCUGAGGGAAGAGGCCCUUGAGUCGCAGACCCAUAGACGUCAGGGCCAGGGAGAGACCUGGGGGAUUCCCUGGCCUGAACCCCCAUGGCAUGCUUGAAUCUGCUCCCUGAACUUCCUGCCAGUGCCUCCUGUAGCCCAAAACAAUGUCACUGUGGUUACUACCUACCCAGAAGACUGUUCCCUCCUCCCAAGACCCUGUCUGCAGUGGCGCUCCUGCAGGCUGCCCGUUAAGAUGGUGGCGGCACACGCUCCCUCCCGCAGCAUCACGCCAGCUGGUGCGGCUCCCACUCUCCGUCUUCAACUUCAGACAAAGGAUUUCUCACCCUUUGGUCAGUUAACUUGAAAACUCUUGAUUUUCAGUGCAAAUGACUUAAAAGACACUAUAGUGGAGUCUCUUUCUCAGACUUCCUCAACGCAAGAUGUAAAUAGCACCAACGACUGACUGGAACAAAGUGACCGCUGUGUAAAACUACUGCCUUGCCACUUACUGUUGUAUACAUUUCUUAUUUACGAUUUUCAUUUAUGUUAUAUAUAUAUAAAUAUAUUGUACAUAUAUGCAACAUUUUAUAUUUUUCAUGGAUAUGUUUUUAUCAUUUCAAAAAAUGUGUAUUUCACAUUUCUUGGGCUUUUUUUUUAGCUGUUAUUCAGUGAUGCAUUUUGUAUACUCACGUGUAUUUAGUAAUAAAAAUCUACCUAUGUGUUACGUCACAUUA